UGGCACGCGCGCUCUCUCUCUCUCUCUCUCUCUCUCUCUCCUAUGCCUUACUGCCUCUAUCAUAGCAUUUUAUGAAUAUGUAAAUAUUGAUAUGGUUCAAUUUGAUUCAGAAUUUUCAUUGUAUUAAAAUACAAUUAAAAUAAAUUAAAUUAAAGCAGUCCCAAGCUUUAUAUCACCUACAAGUGUAGGAGUUAAAAUCAGAAUUUCACUGAUUUAAAGACAAAUCUGCUUACCAGUGAAGAGUCAUGUUUAUGAGGAGAGACUUUCUGAGCUUUUCAGUCAAUGAACUUAAAGAUUCUGACGAUAUACCACAGUUUUAUCCAUCUGAGUAAUGAAUAAACUGGUUCUAUAUUUUGUAGUAUUGGAGUGUAAUGCCUGCCUUCCGGAAAUUAACUUUUCUUCAGAGUAGCACUGUAUAUCUCAAACUUUAAUGUAAGCUCUUAGAGUUGUUCUUUGACUCAUUUUCAGAAACAUAAUGUCCAGCCUUCUCCAAGCAUUAUACCAAGAACACAGAUACUCGACUUCAUUCAAAACUGUUAGGAAAAAAUUCUCCCAGGGGGCAUUCACCAUUCAAAUAUGAAAACAUGACCUUUUGUUUAAUCGUGCCAUCUUACAGUCGAGACUUUUCAGAGCCAGAAUAUCUGUAGCUAAGCAUCCAAAUACAAAAAGGAACAGUUGGAAAUUUCAAAAGGAGCCAGGGAUAAACAUGGAAAAGGACCCCAAACACUAAGCCUCCUACCUAAUCUCACUGGCCACCGAAUCAAGUUAUCACACAUUAAAAAAGAACGGCUCUGUGCUGAAUCUCCCGGGAGAAUUAGCACCUAACAGAUCUUUGCUUUUUUGAAAGUCUGUGAAGUGGCUUUUCUGUUGACAUUAAAUAGAGCUGACAAAAUUAUCCCCACAGCUGGGCGCCCUUGUCAUCUAAUCCCUCCCCCACCCCACCUUAAACUUUUUAAAGAGAGCAGUUAGGACCUCUCUGUGCUUUAGAGAGGAACCAGGCAUAGGGAGAUGCAGGCCUUGUUAGAUCUCCCCAAGCUAUGGAAAUGACCGGCACGUUUAUCCUCUACUUUUGCUGCUCAGCUUGGAUGUUUUCCUCCUUUAGCCUUGGGUCUCAAACCCUUGAGGAUGAAGCUGGAUCUUUAAUAAGUGGGGAAGCGUCCCUUGAGGCUAAGCCUCAGCCCUGGGAUCAGCCUCUAGAUGGAGAAAAUAGCCCUGAUCUCCUUCCACCCCUCCUCAAGGUCUUAGUCAACAGCCAUGUUCCUGGGGCGCCAAGGCUACAACCUGAUUCAAUAGCCCUGCGUUACAUGAAGAGGCUUUAUAAAGCAUAUGCGACCAAGGAAGGAAUUCCCAAAUCUGACAGAGGUCACCUCUACAACACUGUCCGUCUAUUCACACCAAGUGCCCAGCACCAACAGUCUUCUUGGGGCCAAGUCACAGGAGUUCUUCAAUCAAUGGAUUUACUCUUUAACCUGGACCGUAUUGCUGCCCCUGAACACUUACUGAAGUCUGUUUUGCUAUACUCUUUGAAAAACUCGGUUUCUUUUUCUUCUGCCACUAAGUGUAUGUGCUACCUAGAUGUAAAAGAACCUGAAUGUUCUAGCUCACCUUGUUUCAGGUCUCCACAGUCCUUCACUUUUAAUUUACAGUUUGAAUUUAGAAAAAAUCACAAAUGGAUUGAAAAAGAUGUGACCACUUUGCUUCAGCCACUAGUUGCCUCCAACAAGAGAAAUAUCCACAUAGCUGUGAAUUUUACUUGUUACAAAGAUCAGCCGAACCCAGUGCAGGAUGAGUUAUUUGACGUGGCCAUAUUAAUGGCCCCAUCACUAUUAGUAUAUCUGAAUGACACAAGUGCUCAGGCUUACCACAGAUGGGAUUCCCUUAGAUACAAAGGAAGCCACCAACUGUUACCCGACCAGAGAGAUCCUAUGGAAGAGGAACUGAUUUGGGGCAGAAAAUCUUCCCGUCACCGAAGAGAUGAAGGAAUUGGAGAUCGCAAAGCGAAGAGUCCCAAAGUGCCAGAUUCUAACAACCUGAGUGAAUAUUUCAAACAAUUUCUGUUUCCUGAGAAUGAGUGUGAGCUCCAUGACUUUAAACUGAGCUUUAGCCAGCUAAAGUGGGACAACUGGAUUGUGGCACCACGUAGAUACAAUCCUCGUUACUGCAAAGGUGACUGUCCCAGGCUUCUUAGGCAUCGGUAUGGUUCUCCUGUCCAUACUAUGGUGCAAAACAUAAUCUACGAGAAGCUAGACUCCUCCAUCCCAAGGCCUUCUUGUGUGCCUGCUAAAUAUAGCCCCCUGAGUGUCUUGACUAUUGAGACUGAUGGCUCUAUUGCUUAUAAAGAAUAUGAAGACAUGAUAGCAACAAGAUGUACUUGUCGUUAGCAUAUUGUCUUAGGGUAAAUAACCAAAAGCCUAGAACUUCAGGACAACAUUCAUGCUGAGUCCACCUGGGUCUUCAGGAAGGCUUUAUACAAUAAACUUUGGAUACACUGAUGUCUAGUUCUAUAUGAAAUAUAUUGGGUACCUCAGCAUGUUCUGAUAAGUAUCAUUGUAAUAAGUAGGCUUUGGAGCACUAUUGAAUGGGUUUUUUUUUAAUUACAAAUGUAAUAUAUAUUUUGGAGUUCUUAGUAUGCCUCAAGGAAGUGAAUUUUUGUUUAAAUGAGAUGCAUUUGCUUCUGUUGAAGUAAAAAAAAUCCAUUGGUAUAAAUGUUAGCUGGAAAUGAAGAAAAAAAAUUGAAAAGACAAAAUACUAUAGAUGAA